UGCUAAAGUUGAGAUUCACCAAUAAAGUUUGUUCAGUUCCUAAACAUUGUUCUGCCACAGGUGAACAGCAAGAUCUGAUGCAAUCCUGGAUCGCACUGGUACAAGACAAGAACCAACUCCUGAGUGAAGAGUCUGAGUUAAUGAUCCAGGGGCGUGAGCUGGAACUGGAGGACCAGAAGAGUAGGCUGGAACAGGAUCUAAGGAGGUACAUGGACAUGGAUGAGUCGCUGAAGACAAGUAAGGACCACCUGGAGGAGGAGAGGAUUUUUAAGGAGAUGAUUGAGGUAGUCAAGAUGAGAGACAAGCUGGUCACCUUCCUGGAGCAGCAGAGACUCCGGGAGCAAGAACAACAUGCGGUUGUGGUGCCUGGGGCUGCAGCCAGAGAUCUCACUCCCGUUGCCUCCAUCACCUGGGCAUAAAGGCAGCACAGUAUUCUGGCAGGAGGCGCUGUCCUGCAUAUAGCACUUUUUAAGGGCUUUAGCUUUGACUAUUCAUGGAGACUACCUCCACUUCCAUAUUUAUUACGGAAAAUGAUGCAAUUUUUCUGAGAACGUCCUUUUUAUAAUUUUAGGUUUAAUCCAGCCUUUUAAUUAAGGUCACUAUUUCCGGCAUCUUGGAAUAUCCAGCAACUGAGCUCCUCUCGGGGUUUGACUUUGGAUCCUUGGGCCCCUCGUCCCAUCAGCCGCACCAUUUAUUUUAACAGAUCAUCAGCACCCAGACCGAAGAAGACAGAUCCUGUAAAUUUGUUUUUUUUUGUUGCUGUAACAAUGUUUUUAAACUUUGUUUUAAAUAAAUUUCAAGCUGAUUUUGUUUUCCCAUCACACAUGCUCAAAAUGCUUUCAAUUCCAUUUGGGAUUUUCUCUGCGGGUUUGAGAUGCUGUCUUUGACUUAGAUGAACUUGUCAGUGGAGGAGGAGUCUGUGUUGUAUUGGAGCUGGUGCAAGCACAAGGGCACAGCCCACCCUCCAGGAAGGUACUAAUACAAGGGUGUACCACGUGCCUUGCCACUAGCACUAGACAGCCCUUUCCCCUCGUCUGCUCUGAAGUCCCAUCUGAGUAAUUCGCUCUCACAUAAACCCAUUGUCAGCUUUGUUCAUGAUGUAUAUUCCAUUUAAUCAAGUGCUAUUGUUUUAAAAAAAAGGUUGGAUUCUGUAUCAACUGCAUUGAGAAUACUGACUGAUUGAUUAUGGAGAAGUGUGCAUCAUAACUGGUGAAUAAAAAAGGACAUUGCA